GUAAGCAGGUUAGAAGCACGUCUAUCAUGAGGUCACCUAUAACGUGGCUCUGUCUCUUCCUCCCUCUGGGUGUGCCUGUAUUGGCCGUGCUCCGCUACAACCAUGAGGCCCUGACCCCACCCACAAUCGGAUUCGGUAGGGGAGAGGCAGGGGAUCGGAUCAAGCACGCCUCCGAGCAGGAAGCAUGGAAACAGGUGUUGUCCCGACUGGAUCAGCUGGAGGAAUCACAACAACGCAAACGCUCCACAUACGACCAAGCCGAGGAAGACCUGAAGUCUUUGAGAGUGGAUGUAGACAGCCAGAGCAGCAGCAUGCUGAGAAUGGAUAUGUUUGCGGAGACGAUGCUACAACGUUUGCUGGUUUUGGAAAGCAAACAUAAAGGCGACAACACAAGGAAAAGGAUUGAGCAAGAUCAAGCUAGCAAUGAUAAACCUACUAAGGAUUUCCAGCAAACAUCGAAGCAGCCCGCUGAUGAGAACAGCAAAGUUUCGGAUAUCGGGCAACACACAUCGAAGAAAGCGGUAGACGAUGUAGGUCAAGAGCCGGAGAAAGCAAAAGAAUCCCCAAUCUGUUUGGCGACGGCACCCCCACCACGAGAUAGCGCCAGCGUCGAUAUAACCCUCACAGACACUGGUCGUGUUGCCAAGUACACGUGCAAAUCUGGUUCUUUCAACAUCGGCGGUGACGUCUUCACAUCUACGUGCGACGCCGCCGGGAGUUGGUCACAAGUCGACAUUUCCUGCAACAACCUCACCACAUGCUAUCAUCAGAAGGGGGGCAGGCGAUUGUAUGGUGGGACGGAAGCAACCACCACGUCAGGGCGCACCUGCCAAAAAUGGGACAGAUUAAAGCCGCACAGUCAUCCAUACGAGAGUAUUUCAUUUUCCCAUACGUCCUUGGCUGGUGCUGAAAGCAUUAUAGAGGUCGCCAACUACUGUCGUGACCCAGGAAUGAUGCAUGGGUCGGGGAAGCUAUGGUGCUACACAACCAACCCUCACAAACGCUGGGAGGAGUGUAACAUCCCCAAGUGCACGACGACAUGAGCUUGUGUAACAUCCACGAGUGUACCUUGACCUGAGCCGUCAACUCGGGAAUAUCGGAAUAAUAAAACUUUGUUGUCUGA